AUGAAUUCUUCAGGCACCUUCCAAGGUGCAACAUCAAUCCUAGACCAGGAGUCGCUUUUCGAGAGACCUCGACUCUUUUCGAGCUAUAUUCUGGAUACGUCUGAAGAUGCCGCGCGGUACAAUUUGAUCACCUUUCUGGCAGCGGUCCAAGGCCUUGAUCUCGGGAUAUUCUCCAUCCCAUGGCAAUCAGCGAGACGAGCGAUUGGAGAUGGAGGGACCAGCCAGAUCAGCCAAGCGUCUGUAAACCCCGAGACCAGCAUCGCGUUCAAGCGCGUGUCCACCCACGACAAGCUGCAGCUCGACGACGGUGAAAUACUGCGCCGUUUGCUGAGCGAGAUCCUCGUGCUUGGACACCCAGAGGUUCGUGAUCACCCGCACAUUCUCGACUUGCAGGGCGUGUCGUGGGAUGUUUCGGUCAAGGCGGACGAGAACAAUGCCAGUUCUGCAUCUGCCGCAUCGCCCAGUAGCAGUGCAGUCUAUCCGGUUCUCAUGUUUGAAAUGUCGCGCCACGGAGAUUUGUACAACUUUGCAAAAUCACCAAACGGCCAAGUCAUGACUAUUGCAGCGCGCUUGGAGUUUUGCUUCAUGAUUGGUACGGCCAUUGCAACGAUGCAUGCGAAUCACAUCAUACAUGGUGAUAUCAAGCCCAACAAUGUCAUUGUUUCCAAGUUGGAAGAUGAUUCUUUCAUCCCAAAGGUGGCCGACUUUGGAUAUUCUAGUCCGCCCGCUCAUCAAGAGGUGCCAAUUCAGCUCCCCCGGUCCUGGCCAUGGAAUGCACCCGAGCUGGAUGAAUACCCGUCCUUCACACCGGCGCAAGCCACCACGGCUGAUGUAUUCUCGUACGGUGUUCUGUGCUUCUGGUUCAUCUUUGAAAAGUAUCUUUCAGGAGUCGAGCCGCUCCCCGAAGUAGGCGAGAUCACUGGGCUCAACCACGGCUUUGAAAAUCAGGAUGCAUCGUGGAAGAACCUCGCUGAUCUAAGGCGCAACAACAUCAACCUUGUUCAACUCUCUGAAUACUUGAUAUCGUCCAACAAAGAUCUAGACGCCCAGUCAAUGUCGAAGCUGCGGCGAUUCUUUAGUGCGACGCUCGCCUACGAUGCAAUGGAAAGAGGCACAGACUUGUCUGAACUGUUAAGUUAUCUGGAUCCAGGGCAGGAGCUCAUCAAAGAGGAAGCCGACGCGUUCCAGUAUAACGCUCCAGCAGAUUAUACUUUCCAUCUCAAUCAAUCACUACGAUCACUCUACCUAUGCGACUUUCGUGUCCGAUCGCACAUUGUUGCUUGCCUCGAGGAGAUUGUCCUGGCGGAUCCAAAGGGCCCGCUCGCUGCUCAAUUGGGAUUGUGUUAUGCCAUUGGAUUUGGUCAGUCUACGACAGUCGACGAACAGCAGAGAGUCCAAGCAAUAUUACAAGCCUCUUCCAUUGACACCAAAGCGAUACUGGAGCAGGGACCCAUGUUUAUCGAGAAUGCGACAGACUUCAUGACAGACUUGGCCGAGUCACGCUACAUGGCCGAGAUGGACUCGCUCGCCGACACCUACCGCGAACAUGACGUGCUGGAGGAGGCCGCAACAGUCACAAAACACGAGUUCGAGAGCCUGAGUCGCAUCAUGGGACCUGAUCAUCCUAUACUGGCAGAUCUGGCCAAUAUUCUUUCUCUGAUCAUGCAUUCAAUGGGCCAGUGGGAAGAAGCUGAAAAGUUUGCCAAGUAUCAGGCAGACUUUCUGGAAAAGACUCUGGGCGACAAGGACAGCGAUACACUACAGAGUAAGUUGCACCUAGCUGGAGUAUACUGGGAGCAAGGCCGAUGGCAGGAGGCGGAAAAGAUGGAACAGGGAGUCAUGGACGUUUGCUUGAGCGAAUUCGGACGGCAUCAUGCUCUCACCCUGUCGUGCAUGGCAAGCAUGACGGCAACAUUCAGGGAGCAAGGCCGAUUCGAAGAGGCCGAGAAACUCGGCAUCGAGACCAUGCAAGGGACGCGUCAGUUAUUUGGCCCCGAGCACCCCACCACGUUGGCCAACAUGACCAUCCUGGCUGCGCUGUACCACCGGCUGGGGAGGCUGGAUGAGGCCAUUGAGCUCCAGACGGAAAUCUCGGAAACAUCGGAGAGAGUGCAGGGGUUCGACCAUCCAGAUUCCAUUGUAGCCUUGUCGACGCUGGCGCAGAUGUACUGGGACGAGGAAAUAUGGAAGCAGGGACUGGAGCUGCAGUUUGACGCAAUGGAUGCAGCAACACGAGUACUCGGCAGCAGCCAUCCAGAGACCCUCAAGAUGACGGCAGCGUUUGCAAACAUGUACAGAGAGCUGGGAGAGUAUGAGGAAGCCGAGAAGCUGCAAAGACAAGUCAUUGACGAAAGAAAGAGAACGAUUGGCGAUGAGCAUCCCGACACAUUGACGGGAAUGGCGGCGCUGGCACUCACACUUGGAGAACAGGGGAAACGCAACGAAGAAGAGGAAAUAGAGUUGGCGGUUUUGGAGACUAGAAAACGGCUUUUCGGUCCAAAGCACCCAGAUACUUUGACCAUGAUGUCCAAUCUAGCCUUUACGUGGAAGGAUAUGGGCGAAAACGACAGCGCUUCAGCCCUGAUGCAAGAAUGUCUCAAAUUACGACAAGAAGAAUUGGGCAAUGAUCACCUUGAUACUAUUGAGACUUUGCAAGUUUUGGAAGAGUGGGACGACGAGGAGUGGGAGUCAGCCGAAGAUGAAGAUGUAGAGAUGGAAGACGACUGA